UCAUUUGUUACCGUUACCUGGUUUAUAAACAAGUUUUCAAACACUAGCUACGUAUGUGUUAAAUAGCUUAUAGUAGCGAAGUUUCAAGUACAAUAAAGAGUUGAUCAGGACUUUCAUCUAAUGUGAAAACCCUGGAUUUAUCUGUGGUGCAAUUGUAAACGCCAGUAAGCCCUAGUGUCGGAAGUAGGCCUAUUACAAUUCUAUGCACAUGUGAUUGAAACAAUUGGUUCUGUUUACAUUGCUACCAUUAGAAAUGUGUGACGGUUGUUACGAACAAAUUUUUUCAGAAGUCAUGGUGAAAGAAAUGAGGAAUGGCUUAUACCAUAUUGAUUUGCAUUUAUAUCCUCCUGGAGAAAUUGGUAUCUUUAGAGAGAUAAUUCAACUCCCUGGGUCUCACUCAGAUCGCCGUUACAAAAUCAUUUAUAAUGAUGAAUGUUAUCUUUUAAGAAACUGUUAUGUUGCAUUCAUGCUUACUGUCGAAGAAAUGCCCUCCAUCAGUGGUUCUGAAAUGAGCACAGUGAACUCAAGUUUAAUUGAUGAUCAAGAAAAACCACAAACUAAAAGCCAAAAGUUUGGUGAAACAUCCUUUCUCUCAGAAGAUCUGGAAGCCGAACCAUCAUGUCCAGUCCAAGUGUGGAUUAAAACUAAUUAUGAAAAAGCUGCAAGUUCUAAAUCUUCAAUGUUACCAAUGGUGAAGUAUGGAUCAAACAAAUGGAGAAUGGAAAUCUUGGAACUCCGGUAAGAGAAAGGAAUGUGAUCAUGAUGUCGGAUGGGUUGGCUGAAAUGUUUUACAACCAACAUUUAUGUGACGUGCACUUCGACUUUAAAGACAGCCAGACUGUUGGUGCUCACGUUGUUAUUCUAUCGGCCGGCAGCCCAGUUUUUUCCGCUAUGUUUCGAUCUCAGUUUCUGGAAUCAAAAACCAAGAAAGUGACCAUUGUUGACAUUGACAUUGAAGUGUUCCGGCAGCUCCUCAUCUACCUGUACACGGGCAGCGCCCCAAAACUGGCCGAGGAAAACAUGACGCAGUUGCUCUUCGUGGCCGCGGACAAAUACAACAUCGACAACCUCAAAACCGAAUGCACCGAUGCUUUGCUGAAACAUGUGAAUCUCGACAAUGCCAUCCGUUUACUGGUUUGGUCUCAUAUCCACUCAGUAGCAAAGCUUAAGGAAGCAACCUUGAAGUUUUUGGCAGCCAACAGUCUUGAAAUCUGCUCCCAGCCGGAAUGGAUACAUUUGAUUAAAAACUACCCAAAAUUGUGCCUGCUGGCCACGCAGCACAUGUCAAAACUGCUAAACAAAACCAACAAAACUGCUAAAUCGACUUAAUUUCAUUUUCCCUUUCGGAUUCCAUGUGAGAAACACGUAAAAUUUGUGUUACCCCCCUAUACUUAUGUUAACUUCUCAUUCGCGGUCAACCAUUUCAUUAAGUGUAUUUGUUGUAAAUGUUUAACGCAGAAAAUAGAAUG